AUAAUAUGUGACUAUGAUUAUGCUCCUAUAACACAACAAUUUCAUCAUCAUUAAAGAAAACCUGAUCAUUCAAUGGAAUUCCUAUCUAUUGCUGGAGGUGCUUUUUUAACUGUUGCUUUUGAGGAGUUGUUUAAGAAGUUGAAGUUCAGCAGAUCGCUCAAGUUGCAGGAGGAGGUCCUUAAUAAGUUGCAAAACUGGGAGAGCUUAUUGCCGAAAAUCUUUGCCCUUCUUGAAGAUGCAGAAGAAAAGCAGAUGUCUAAUUCCAGCGAGCUGCUAAAGAUAUGGCUCGCUGAAAUUAGGGACUUGGCUUAUGAUAUAGAGGACAUCUUAGAUGAAUUUCAAGUUGACUCUAAGAGAAGCAGUUUGAAUAUUUCAAAACCUCACCAAGCCAGCAGUAGCAAAUUCAUCCCCUCAUGCUUCAACUGUUUCAAACAGAAAAUUGGGGAAAAAAUUGUUAAAAGGUGCAAAGGAUUGCCAUUGGCUGCAAAAACCCUUGGGGGCCUUCUAUGUGGUAAGUUAAGCCGUCCUGCAUGGGAACGCAUUUUAAAAAGUCAAAUAUGGGAGCUGAAAGAAACUACAAGUAAUAUUCUUCCAGCUUUAAGAUUGAGUUAUCAUUAUCUUCCUUCUUGUUUGAAGCCAUGUUUUGUCAACUGUGCAUUGUUUCCUAAAGACCAUGAGUUUGAGAAGAACCAGCUUGUUUUGUUGUGGGUGGCAAGUGGGGUUUUACAGCAACAGUCAGUAGAAGUUGGUCAUCAAUAUUUCGAUGAGUUAGUUUCAAGAGCUUUUUUGCAGCGAUCUAGUGGGAAUGAGUCACAGUUUGUGAUGCAUGAUCUCAUACAUGAUUUGGCUCAAUUUGUUGCUGGAGAAUCAUGCUUCAGUCUCGAACAUAAGUUUGAGGUUGAUACAAAAUCAAAAGUGAAUUAUGAAAAGGUUCGUCAUUUGUCUUGCAUCCGUGGUAGUUAUGACACCUCUAAGAAAUUUGAAGUCUUGAAUGUCAUGAAGUGUUUGCGAACAUUCAUUCCAGUCGGCUCAAGGAGGGAGUGUCGUAUAUCAAAUGUAGUGGUGCAUGAUUGGCUGCCAAAAUUAAGAUGCUUGAGAGCAUUGUCUCUUGAGUGUUAUAACAUAAAGAAGUUGCCAGAUUCAAUUGGAGAUUUAAUGCAUUUGAAGUACCUUAAUUUGUCAAAAACUCCAAUUGCAAGCCUACCUGAGUCAGUGGGUUUCCUCCUCCAAUUACAGACACUGUUGCUCUUUAACUGCCACAAGUUUUUGAAGUUACCUGUGACAAUUGGGAACUUAGUUUACCUCCAUCAUCUGGAUAUUGAAGGUACGAGUUCCUUGAAAGAGAUGCCAUCAGAAAUAGAGAUGUCUUGCUUGCCUAAGUGUUUUACACAGUUCUUAACAGCUCUUGAGAAUCUUGAAAUUGAAGGGUGCAGAGAACUUACUUGUUUGUGGGAGGAUGGAUCAGAAACAAUAAACCUUGCUCGCCUUGAGAAAAUGAAAAUUAGGAGUUGUCCUUUGCUUGUGUCAUUGACAGGGAAAGAACAAGGCCUCUUGCCUUUGAAUCUUAAACAUCUUGCCCUCUCUAGUUGUGAGGCAUUGGAGUCAUUAUUACCUGAUCUGAUGAUGAGGAAGAUGGGCGGAAGCAACAGUAAUAGCACCGGUAUGUUGAGACUUGAAGAGUUACAACUUUUUGGUUGUCCUUCUCUCAGGUCAUUAUCCUUGCCCAUCACAGUUAAGCGGUUGAGAAUAGGAGGAUGUGAAAAUCUUGAGUCUCUACCGGAUGGAAUACUGAUGCAAGAUGAUGGUGACAACAACAGCAAUCUUGAAUAUUUAUAUAUGGGGAACCAUCCACCUCUAAAUGCUUUUCAGAGGGGUCAGCUGCCAGCUUCUCUCAAGGAAUUUGAAGUUCAGCGUUGCGAGGGGUUGGAAUCUAUUUCAAAGGGAAUGCUGCAUCAAUGUACAGGACUUAGAUCCAUUGAAAUUUGGAGUUGUCAAAGGUUGAAAAGCUUACCCAGCCUUGAUCGCCUCAGCAAUCUCAUUGACUUAUGCAUUCAAUAUUGCCACGAUUUAGAGUCCAUCCCAAGUCUGGGCUUAUGCAUCCCCAAUCUCAAGGAAUUGCACAUACGGAGUUGUACGAAUCUCAAGUCCUUCCCAAAUACUACGAUGUCGCAGCUGAAAUCGCUUCAGAAGCUACAGAUAAGAGGUUGUCCAAACAUAGAGUUGAUUCCGUCUCCAGGUGGGAAUGAGAAUGGGGGUUUACUUUUAGAUUUACCCCCAAACUUAACAAGUGUUUGGUUAGACGAAGCAAUUCUCAAGUUCCUACUACCAAAUACGACUCAAAAACUAUCCAAUCCAGUUCCAGAUGGGCAUUUGGCAACGGUGGCGGGAUGCGGCCUCCACAACCUUACCUCUCUUCAAGACUUGUCAAUUAGUUGUCGGACAUGGCCGCCGGAUAUUGUGCUGCCUUCUUCUUUAACCACUCUUUGGAUCGAAGAUGUUGAAAAUCUGGAAUCAAUACCCAGAGAGCUCCUCCAAAACCUAAACUCUCUUCGAUUGUUGGGAAUAGGGAGUUGGCCGAAGCUACGAUCCUUGCCACAGGAAAGCUUGCGUCCCUCUCUUGAAGUACUCGACAUCUACACCUGUCCAUUGCUAAAACGACAGCGCUUUGAGGCGGAAGGAGACCACUGGCCUCUCACCCAUACCAUCCCCUACGUUGCGAUAAAUGGGAAUCAGGUAUUCCCAUACGAUAGCACUACAACCAUUUCUUAAUUACUUGACUCAAAUCUUGAACAAACUCAUCAAAAUCCUACAGGCUUAAUUACUUCAGAAAUGGAUUUUAUUGGAGUUCUCUCGUAAAUUUCUCUUUCCAUAUCAGGAGAGUGCAACAAAAUGAAGGGGGAUGGCCUAUUAUAAUUGAGUAUGCUUCAAGAUCAGAUGUCUCGAUGAAUAAAUGGUAGUUUACUUGGGAUCCAUCAUGGCUGUAGUAACAAACUUCUAUCCUUGAAAGGACAUGGAUUUUCUUGGAGUUUUUCUGGCAAUUUCUCUAGCCAUAUCAGUUACAAUUUGAGGAUAUGUAUGAAGGUGGAUGGAUAGAGUACUGCUUCAAGGAUCAGUUUGUUGCAUAUCUGUCCAUCACUUCGGUGUUGAGAAAAACACUUCAUGGAUGCAUAAUUGAACUGAAAGGGUGGUAGAUGAAGACAAGCAGGGGAAAAAAUUACUGGUUAGUGGCUGCUUUUGGGGAUCAUUCCAAAAAUGAAUUGACUUGCUAAUUACUAGGAUGGUGAUUCAAGAAUUUAUUUUUGACGAUUUAUUGUUGUUGAGAGUUUCCAGCCUUGCCUAGAGAGAGACUUUGUAAUUAAUCUUGACAUACAUUUCAAUGGUGAAAGUUACACUUGCAGAUUCAGAUGUUUUGUGGUUGUUUUGUUUUCCACGUUAAAAAUUUAAUG